CGCUAACGAAGGAACAGGGUUUAAAGCUUCAGACCAGCAGCCUUCAUCGCACCAACCUGACCAACGGAAGAAAGAGGCCCUCUCCAGCCGAGACGCCAUUGAAGAAGAAGAAGAACAGUGGAAGAUACUGUUUUAAUCUUUAUGUUUCGGUUUCUUCUUCUUUUUUUUAAGUUUUCAGUUUGCACCCUCCAAGAGGCCGCAGGCCAGCACUGCCCGCAGCUCCUGCUCCUCAGCCUCCUCCACGCCGAGGGCCGCAGCUCCUCUACGCCCUGUGCCCGUAGCCCAGAGCUCCUGUUCCUCUAGUGCCCGGCUGCCCGCAGCUCCUCCAUUGUGGUUUAAUUAAAAAAGCCCAUCCCAACUCCAGCUCCUCUUUUCCUCCAACCUUAGUAAAAAAGUUUCUGUUUAUUAAGUAACAGGGUUUAAAGCUUCCAAGCUUGGAAGCCUUCAACGUACCUAUCUGACCAAGGGAAGAAAGAAGCCCCGUCUCUCCGAGAUGCCUUCGAAGACAAAGAAGCAUUCGAAGACACUGUCAAAGAUCUCAGAUUCUGAGCACUUAGUGUCUCCCGGGGCAUCAUUAUCUUCAACACAUACUCCAAAUUCAGUCGCCAGUGAAGAAGACCUCUCCUGCUCUAUUGAAGAAGCCUCCGGAAAAUUCCCUUCUCUAAUAGGAAAAUCUGCUUUUGUUGGCCGACUUACUGAUGUUGAGUCUCAGAACAAAGGCUGCAAGAUUUGGCUUUCAGAGUCUUCUAUGGUUGCCUCUUCCAUAGCUCCUGGUUCCACUGUCUCGGUGUCACUUGCUUCAAGGGAUAGGUCUUUGAAUGGAUUUCCUCUCAUCUCAUUAGCUGAUGAAUGUGCAAGGCAUUUUGGGCUGGAGUCCAGGGGUAAAAUCACUGAUGAAAUUGGGAACUACUUUGCUCUUGCCACUGCUUUUCCUUCCUAUAAGAUUUUGAAAAAUGGUGUGCGUUUAUCUUCAAAUCUUUCUUCAACAAUGGGUUGUCCUGCUUCAGGCAGCAUCUUGUUUGUUUAUCCUAUUCAAAGUCAAUCACGAACUGUUCUUCUAAAUGGCAACAAUAGCUUGCAUGGCGCCACACUUAAUAGUCUGUCAACAUACAAUCCCAGUGAACUGUAUUUGGAGUUGAUUCCUUCAAAGAAUUGUUUAACAAUAAACAAUACUAUGCUGUCUCCAGUUAAAUGUUCUACAAUUGCAUAUUCUGAUGGAUUUGAAAAUGGAUCAGUUUCGUCUCCUAGAACACCUUUGUUGCAUCAGCCGAAGCUAAGCUCUCCUGCCUCUUGUCAGUUUACAUCCACAAUAUGUGAAGAGUCGGUAUCUAAUUUACCUGAUCGGAAUAUUGCAUCUUUUGGUUCGGCUGAUAUAAGAGAAGUUUUGGGGGAUGAAAGGGCGAAGAAACUUCUCCAAUCCUGUUCCAGUUCAUGGUUAUGCUCUCGUAAGUUACUCUGUGGAAACCUUGUGGCCAUUCCAAUACUUUCUGAGCUUUGCAUUUUCUGUGUGAGAGGUGCUAAUAAACUUUCAGUCGAUGGUAGUGAGUGUCCCUCAAUUGGAAAAAGUCAUGGUAUAUCCCCUCAAACUUGUAUUUCGGAUGACUAUAUCAACGCAGUUUUUGUCAUAAACCUUGAAACCAAAGUAAAUUUGUUCUUAUCCCGGAAUUCACUAUGUGGAACUCCACACAAAGGAGAAUUGGAAUGUAUAGAAGCUGAGAGUCGGAAUGUCAAUGCUAAUGUGAAAGCUGAUGUUCCGAAAUUGGGUGGUCUAUCUAGCGAAUAUGAAGUUUUAAUGGAUAUAAUAUCGUCCUCAGUGAAGGACACCUUGUCAAGCCUAGGUUUGCGAACUACAAAGGGAGUGCUUCUUCAUGGUCCAUCUGGCACAGGAAAGACAACUUUGGUUCGUUUAUGUGCUCGUGAUGCCGGCAUCAACCUUUUCUCUAUCAAUGGACCUGAACUUAUAAGCCAAUAUUAUGGAGAAAGUGAGAAAGCAUUGCAUGAAGUUUUUGACUCAGCAAGCCAAGCUCCACCUGCUGUGGUAUUCAUUGAUGAGUUGGAUGCCAUUGCACCUGCCCGGAAUGAUGUCGGCGAUGGAAUAUCUCUAAGAAUGGUGGCAGCAUUGUUGAAUUUGAUGGAUGGGAUCAGUGAAAAUGAUGGGCUGCUUGUAAUUGGCACUACCAACAGGCCUGGUAGCAUUGAUCCUGCCCUCAGACGACCUGGAAGAUUUGACAGGCAAAUUGAAAUUGGUGUGCUAUCUCCAGUGCAACGGUCAGAUAUAUUGCAUACCCUUCUCGGUGAAUUGGAUCAUUGUCUAUCAGACCCUCAAGUUCGUCAGCUUGCUAUGGGCACCCACGGUUUUGUGGGUGCUGAUCUUUCUGCCCUCUGCAAUGUGGCAGCAUUGAUUUGUCUUAGGCGUCACAUUAAGCUUAAGAAAUCUUGUGUUGAUUUGCAUUCUAGAGGAAGCUCCGUUUCAUGUGAUGGUUGUUCUGAUGGUAAAAUUGGAGUAUCUGAUUGCCCAAAAGAUAUUGAAGAUCAGGUUUCACUAAAUCAUUCUGAUUGUGCAUCUUCAUACACAUCUGAUGUACCUGAUUCAUCCUUCAGCUUUACUGGAACAGCCUCAAAAGGAGCAGAUAAUACUCAGAAUGGAGUUAGAUUUAGUUUUGAAAGGGCUGGGACAACAGAAGAAUGCACAUUUAGAGUAGAUUUUGAAGAUUUUGAGAAAGCUAGAACCAAAGUGAGGCCCAGUGCAAUGCGAGGGGUAAUACUUGAGGUUCCGAAGGUUAAUUGGGAAGAUGUUGGGGGCCAAAAAGAGGUCAAGACACAGUUGAUGGAAGCUGUAGUAUGGCCGCAGAAGCACCAGGAUGCUCUCAAGCGUAUUGGCACCCAGCCACCAACCGGGGUGUUGAUGUUUGGUCCUCCUGGAUGCAGCAAAACUCUCAUGGCUCGGGCUGUGGCCUCUGAAGCAGGGAUGAAUUUUUUUUCUGUAAAGGGCCCAGAACUUUUCAAUAAAUGGGUUGGUGAAUCAGAGAAGGCUGUAAAGUCUCUAUUUGCAAGAGCAAGGGCCAAUGCCCCAUCAAUCAUAUUUUUUGAUGAAAUAGAUAGUCUUGCUGUAAUUCGUGGGAAGGAUUCUGUUGCUGAUAGAGUUACAACUCAGCUUCUUGUUGAACUUGAUGGCUUGCACCAAAGAGUUGAUGUUACUGUUAUUGCUGCUACAAAUCGGCCAGACGUGAUUGAUCCUGCCGUCUUGAGACCAGGGCGCUUUGAUAGGCUGCUAUACGUUGGACCCCCAAAUGAAACUGACCGUGAGGAUAUAUUCCGGAUCCAUUUGCGGAAAACUCCAUGCAGUUCAGAUGUCAGCAUAAGGGAGCUAGCCCAUCUCACUGAUGGAUGCACUGGGGCUGAUAUAAAAUCAAUAUGCCGUGAAGCAGCUAUGUGUGCCCUCGAGGAAAACCUUGAUGCAUCAGAAGUAACUAUGGAACAUUUCAAAAUUGCAAUUAGUCAAGUACGGCUCUCAGAUAUGCAGUUUUAUCAGGAGGUUGCAGCUAAGUUUCAGAGGCUUGUUGUUUCCUGUUCUGUGACGGAAGAAUUAAGUAAACCAUGCCACCAAAUAAGAUUAAACUGGACUUCAUUCUGGACUUCACUAAAAUCUGCCACAUUGUUUCUUAAUAAAAUAUGCUGCAAACGUGGUCCGAGUACCCAAGGGACGAUAAAAUCUACUAAAAUGAUUUCCCGGCAGAAUCAAAUAUCAUCAUGAUGAAUUAUUAUUUUUCAUCAGUUGCGGCGGUGCAUUGCGGUGACUGAAUUGGUACUCACCUUUUGAGAAGAAAACCACUAGCAAUUCAACCUUCCCAAUUUCAAAAGCAUAUAUGAAUCAAAAUUUUUUGUAAAAGGUCGACGGUGCUAGCGAUGAUGCCAGUGUUACAAUGGUCCUCAUGUAUAUUCUUGAUGAUAAACAAAUAAUUCGUUCAAAUUAUUAAUUCAAACUUCUCAAUUUCAAAUUCAUAAA